AUGGACCAGCUAAAAGAUGGGGCUUUGUCUGAUGGGGACAAUGUAUCUUUGUCAUCAGCUGGGACUGAGUCAUGCCCUUCGUCAGCCACCCCAGACCUGCCACCGUUGCUCCUGAACACCCUAGACCCAACCCACCUGGGGCUCCCAGAGCAACUGGCCUCUGUCACAGUCCCCAUCCGCCUAGACACCCUGUCCUACCUCCUACACAGUGCUCUACUGGGGACCUACAAUCUCCAGCAGUCCUUACCCCCUUGCUCCUGCUCUGCCCAGCCAAGCCACAUCUGGCCAGACACAGUCAGGAGGCCACCCAGGAGAUCGGGCCAGGCCCGUGGGGGCUGGGAAGUUCGGCACAGGCCUUUCCGGGGCAGGGGCAGAGGCCGGGUACAGUCACAAAGGGGCCCUGGAAGAGCUGGAGAGCUGGAGAGGAUGGAGAGGAGCAUGGCAGGGUGUCCUGGGGCUGGCCCCAGUACCCCACCAGUGACACCACCAUCCCAGGAUGGGCAGAAGGAAGCUGGAGGGCUGUCUGAAGACUGGGAAACAGACUACUAG